UUAAGUCUGAAAUGACUUAUUUUUGUCGAUUAGAUUAUAAAGUUUCAACUUGUCCAUAAGUUGCCACUUCCAUCCAAUACGAUAUUUAGAUACCUACUGUAUUCAGUGAAAAAUGGCUUCAAUUGAAGGUGUUUCUGAACUCACCGAAGGUGACCAAGGAAAAUCUAAAAAACAAUUAAAAAAAGAAGAAAAACUUGCAGCUAAAGCUAUGAAGAAAGAACAAUUUAAAGCAACAAAUAAAAUAAUCAGUAUUGACCAAGAGUCUAGUGAAGAUAUAUCGAUUGGGAAAUAUGGAUCAUUAAAAAUGAUACAAAGUUCAAAGGAUUAUUUAUUUGAUAGAGUUUUUGUGGAAGUAAAGAACCUUAUGACUGCUUUAGCUGAUAAUAGUGUUUGGGUACGUGGAAGACUACACACUAGUCGUGCCAAAGGUAAACAAUGUUUUAUGGUAAUCAGACAACAGCAAUGGUCUGUUCAAGUGUUGGCUGUUGUGUCUGAUACUAUAAGUAAACAAUUUGUUAAGUUUUGUUCCAAUGUAAGCAAAGAAUCUAUUGUGGAUAUUAAAGGUAAAGUAAUGAAAACACCUUCUAAAAUUGGAUCAUGCACACAACAAGAUGUUGAAUUACAUAUUGAAGAACUGUGGGUAGUUAGCCAGGCUGCUAGUCAACUUCCUUUACUCAUUGAAGAUGCAUCGAGACCAGUUAAAGAGGACGAGGAGGAUCAAGGUUUGAAUAUUAAAGUCAAUCAAGAUACAAGAUUAGAUAAUAGAGUUAUUGAUUUACGCACUCCAGCAAAUCAAGCUAUUUUCCGUCUCGAAGCUGCUGUUUGUAAACUAUUUAGAGAUACACUAACUGAAAAAGGUUUUGUUGAAAUCCAUACUCCCAAAAUGAUAAAUGCAGCAAGUGAAGGUGGAGCAAAUGUAUUUACAGUGUCAUACUUCAAAGGUUCAGCAUAUCUUGCUCAGUCACCUCAGUUAUAUAAGCAAAUGGCUAUUGCUGGGGAUUUUGAUAAAGUGUUCACAGUUGGUUCAGUUUUUAGGGCAGAAGACAGUAACACAUAUAGACAUUUGACGGAAUUUGUUGGAUUAGAUUUAGAAAUGGCUUUUAAAUAUCAUUAUCAUGAAGUAGUGGAUGUUAUUGGUUCACUUUUCACUAAUAUUUUUAAAGGAUUACGAGACAAUUAUCAAUCUGAAAUAAAAACAAUUUGUGAACAAUAUCCUGUAGAACCUUUUAGGUUCUUAGACCCACCUUUAAAAUUAGAAUUUCCAACUGCUGUUAGUAUGCUUCGUGAGGCUGGAGUUGAAAUAGGUGAUGAAGAAGAUUUAUCAACACCUAAUGAAAAGUUACUUGGACGUUUAGUUAAAGCUAAAUAUGACACAGAUUUUUAUAUUUUGGACAAGUUCCCUCUUGCUGUACGACCUUUCUACACAAUGCCUGAUCCUGAUUCAAAAGUUGCCUCAAAUUCUUAUGAUAUGUUUAUGAGAGGUGAAGAAAUUUUAUCUGGUGCUCAAAGAAUACACGAUUCUAAUUAUUUAAUAGAAAGAGCUAAACAUCAUCAAGUUGAUAUUGAAAAAAUUUCAGCAUAUAUAGAUGCUUUCCGAUAUGGUUGUCCACCUCACGCUGGUGGUGGAAUUGGAUUGGAGCGAGUUGUCAUGUUGUACAUGGGUUUAGACAACAUAAGAAAAGUAUCAAUGUUCCCCCGUGAUCCUAAAAGAUUAACUCCUUAAUUUUUUUCUAUUCUUAAAAAGAAUUUAUUUUGUUAUUACAAUUAAAAAAUAAAAACAAUUUAA